GUUACAAAAAAAGAGAGACGGAUCCGAGUUUGAAGACCAAAUUGGGUUUUGGGUCAGACAUUGGUUUGUUCCUCGUGUCUCUUUACGUAACCCUAAACGAAACGAAACCAAGGCGGAGAGAGCAAUGCUCUGCUAGAGAUCCAAAUCCGAAGAGAGAGAGAGAGAGAGAGAGAGAGGCCAAAAUCAUCAUGGAUUUAGAUCAGUGGAUAUCCAAGGUCAAAGACGGCCAACAUCUCUCCGAAGACGAGCUUCACCUCCUCUGCGAAUACGUGAAAGAGAUUCUGAUUGAGGAAUCAAACGUACAACCUGUCAACAGUCCUGUCACCGUCUGUGGUGAUAUCCAUGGCCAGUUUCACGAUCUUAUGAAGCUUUUCCAGACCGGUGGUCAUGUUCCCGACACUAACUACAUUUUUAUGGGAGAUUUCGUUGACAGAGGUUACAACAGUCUUGAGGUUUUCACUAUUCUUUUGCUUCUCAAAUCAAGAUAUCCAGCCCAUAUCACACUUUUGCGUGGGAAUCAUGAAAGCAGACAGCUUACUCAGGUCUAUGGUUUCUAUGACGAAUGCCAAAGGAAGUACGGUAAUGCUAAUGCUUGGAGAUACUGCACGGAUGUGUUUGACUAUCUUACUCUUUCCGCUAUUAUAGAUGGCACUGUUCUAUGUGUUCAUGGUGGCCUUUCACCAGAUGUACGGACAAUUGACCAGAUAAGAUUGAUUGAUCGAAAUUGCGAAAUCCCGCAUGAAGGACCAUUCUGUGAUCUUAUGUGGAGCGAUCCUGAAGAUAUUGAAACAUGGGCUGUUAGUCCACGUGGCGCUGGUUGGCUUUUCGGAUCCAGGGUUACCACUGAGUUUAACCAUAUAAACAAUCUUGAGCUAGUAUGCCGCGCACAUCAGCUUGUCCAAGAAGGUCUCAAGUACAUGUUCCAAGACAAAGGACUUGUAACUGUGUGGUCUGCACCUAACUACUGCUACCGCUGUGGGAAUGUGGCUUCUAUGUUGAGUUUCAACGACAACAUGGAAAGGGACGUGAAGUUCUUCACGGAGACAGAAGAGAACAAUCAAAUGAGAGGGCCAAGAACAGGUGUUCCUUACUUCCUGUGAUGAUCCUACAAUGUUAGUCGCAUAUUGUUCUGACGAAGUUAGCGCCAUUACCGUUGGCUUAUGUUCUUGCAAGGUAUAUCUUCUGAUGUUGUGUUUACACUUCCAUUGUUUUUACGUCUUCUUUUGGAAACAAACACAUUUUCUUGUGGAAGUGAUCGUCACUUUAGCAAUUCUAGUGGUUUUGAUGCAGUUUUUUUAACUUUGGUCUCUGACUCUGGACGUUGUUAUACAUGUGUUCUGUAUGUAAGACCAAUCUUCUCAUCCA